AUGCGUUUCUCCAUUCUUUCCUAUCUACUCAAAGUUCUUCUCUUCCUAUAUGUUUCUCCGCCCUUCAAUUUCAUUCAAACAUCUAUUGAUUCAAUCCCCUUACAUUUCCACACCCCCAAUAUCUCCUACACACUAGAUUAUGGUAGAAUCAUACAAAAAUCUCCUUCUCUAGUUCUUAAACCAAAGACCCCACAAGACAUUUCUCUUUUGCUACAAUCCAUCUCUUCCAUAGACAACAAUCUAACUGUGGCCGCCAGAGGUGCAGGCCAUUCUACCCAUGGCCAAGCGCACGCGCCUGAUGGUAUCAUCGUUGACAUGACUGAGUUGCCACGGGCCAUUACAGUCGGAAAAACCAAAGUGGGUUGCGAUGGAAAUGAUCAUUUCUUCGUCGAUGCCGAUGGUGGGGCUCUUUGGAUUGAGAUCUUGGAGGAGACACUGAAACAUGGUUUGACACCUCCAUCAUGGACGGAUUAUUUGUAUCUUACUGUGGGCGGGACGCUGUCCGUCGGUGGGAUUGGUGGCCAGACCUUUAAGUAUGGGCCCCAGAUAGCUAAUGUGUUUGAAAUGGAUGUGGUAACAGGAAGAGGAGAGCUCAUGACUUGUUCUGAAGUGAAAAAUCCAGACCUGUUUUAUGCAGUGUUAGGAGGAUUGGGGCAGUUUGGGAUUAUAACCAGAGCUAGGAUUGCAUUGGAGGUUGCUCCUAAGAUGGUGAAAUGGAUAAAAUUAUUUUAUGAUGAUUUUAAUAGGUUUACAAGAGACCAAGAGCAUCUAAUGUCAAUGGAGAAGGUGGAUUAUGUGGAAGGUUUUAUAAAGUUAAAUGAGGAUUCCCAUUCAUCGAGUCACGUAACUUCCCGUUUAAGUUUAGAUGUUGAAAACCACUCAAAAAGAAUGGUUGAAAACUAUGCCAUCGAAAUUGCAAUUUACUACAAUGAGGACGAGGCCAUUCAUCAGAAAUUGGAUGAAAUACUAAGUCGAUUGAGCUUCAUUCCACCGGAGAUUCUAAACGUAGACAUCUCUUACUUGGACUUUCUCAACCGCGUAAGACUGGAAGAACAAAAGCUUCAUAACCAAGGACUAUGGGAAGUGCCCCAUCCGUGGUUAGAUCUCUUCGUCCCUAGGUCCCACAUUAACCAAUUCAAAGAUCUCCUCCUUCAAACCAUUUCAACAACCCCCAUUGGUGGCCCACUAAUCAUCUACCCAGUCCUAAAACACAAAUGGAAUCAGAAAAUGUCGAUAAUUCUGCCUCAAGAUCAAGUGGGAGAGGACAUCUUCUAUGUAGUAAACUUGCUCCGGUCAGUCGCGCCAUCAUGCAGAACCUAUGGCUCUUCAUGUCUACAAAUCUUUCUAGCUCAAAACCAAGAGAUCAUAGAGAUUUCUACUUCAAAGGCUAGUAUUUGCCGAAGGAACACUGAAGUGGAUAUCAUCACUGACACAAUUGAUGGCACCCUGGGGACCAUGAUGGCUAUUGAUGGGGUGAUGGGUGCAACCAUGAUGGAUAUCUAUGGUGGUUUUUGCAUGAGGAAGAUGGAAGGGAGAGAGGUGGAGAUGAUGGAUGGUGGAGAUGGAAUGGGUGUGAAACAAUACAUGCCAUAUCUAAUGGAUGAAAGUGGAUGGAGGGGUCAUUUUGGUGAAGAGUGGGAGAGGUUUGAAGAGUUGAAAUCUAAGUUUGACCCUUUGCAUGUUUUGAGUCCUGGUCAAAGGAUUUUCAAGAGGAAAAUCAAGGGAGGUUGUAUUCUUUGA